GUUUUCUCCCUCCCAGUUAACAGCCGCUUCCUCCCGAGGGCUCCGGUUCCAGCCCCUCCCCCAGAGGCUCAGGUGCAAGUUUGCACGUCCACCAGUCCCCUUAUCUGCCUCCGGGGGAUUUGGGUCCUGCUGGGAUUUUUCCAGCCCGGGCACCUUCCUCAGGAGGAUGAGGUUUCCUUAGAGGCCAGCAGCCCUCUGGUCACCAGGCUGUGUCACCUUCGGCAGUUCCUAGGCCACCAGCUUGAAAGCAGGCUGGGGGCCUUUGAGGGCGGGGGCCAGUGGAAUCCCACAGGCCCAAAGAGGGUUGGGGGUGGGGGACAGGGAAGUAUUUACACUUCCAUCGCCUCCAGGCUGCUUCCCUAGAUCCUGAAGUCCCCCCAGGCCCCAGCUUUAGGGUGCUCGGGUGCGGGAGAGGUACGGGGCGAGGAGGAGAUUCAGAUCUAGUCACAAGGCGCUCUGCAGUUGGAAAGGAUUUCCAUGUGGACAGGAAUCAUUUCCCCCUUCUUUCGCGUCAGGUUUCCGAAUGGCUGAGGGACUUGCCCCAGGCACACAGCUGGGAGCGCGGGGACGACCGUGCAGCCAGCACGUGGGGCUGCAUUUCCUUCCGCGCGGCUGUCCAGUCCCCGCCGACCCUCCACCCCCAUCCCUGGCUUCGUUUCGGCGGCAGGAAGACAGACCAGCAUGUGAACCGGGAGUGGGGGGUGCCGUGUAACCCCGCACCUCGAGCCAGACAGCGUCCCCAGGCGGACGUCUCCGUUCCUCGGCUGGGGGUGGCGGGAGCGUAGGACAGGCCGGGGCCCGAAGGACCCCACAUCCAGGCCUCUCCUCGGCUCCCCCGCGCGCCCCGCGCCGCCCGGCUCCCCGCCCCCGCCCCUGCCCCCCGCGGCCCCACUCGGCGCCCCCCCCCCCGCCCGCACACCUGCGCGCCCCUCCCCCCUGCCCGCCCCUUCCCCUCGCCCCCGCCGGGAGUGUCCGGGGGCCGCGCCCAGCCGGGGCCGGACGCGCGUGCAGAGCCGCCCGCCCGACAGCGGCGGGGGGACGCGGGCCGGGAUCGCGGGGCGGCUGCAGCGGCCGCGGCCGGGGCGCCGCGUCGGGGCCGGGAGCUGGGCCAUGCUGGGCCGGCGGCGCGUCUUCGCCGUGGAGCCGCUCGGCGGCCGGGCCUUUGCCCCCGCCGGCAGGUCCAAAAGCCUCCUCGGCGGCGGCGGACCCGUUCCCGAAGGAGACUUCCUGGCCGACCUCCUUGGCCGGAGGGGCCUGGCCUGGCCCCCAGCUCUCCUGCGUGGCCGGCGGCGAGAUGCAGGCGGCCCUCCAUCCUCUCCAGCCGUAGUUUGUGCAUCAUUAUUACAGUUGGGGGCCCAGCGCGUGGAUGGGGUUGGCGAGGACCUGGCACACGGCUGUGUAGUACCUGGAGUCAGCAGCACCUACAGACGGAUCCCGGACGCUGUUCAACUUUGCUCCCUGGACUCCUGGAAAGGGGAUGGCCAGCUAAGAGGCCUCAGGAGGCAGGAGCCACUUCUCAAACUGGCUUCCCGGGACUCAGGAGUGGAGAUGGUGGUUGGGGACAGCCCCUUGGCCACCUCACCAGGCCUUUCUCAGGAUUCUCUGGACUUUGAGCCCACAGGGAACCCUGAGCCCCUGGCUCUUGCUGCCACGGAGCCUUCUGCCCACCUAGGCCGGCUCCUGGCCAACUGUAAGCUGGAGCAGGUGCUGGAGCGGUCCCGCCAGCUCCCGACUUCCCUUGUCAGCAUGUCACAACACCCCUACUCCCUGAAGCCACCAAUCGAGCCUGAAUUGGAAAUGCCCCUUUUUGGAGCAGGGGAACAGGAGGCCACUGAGGCAGAAACUGACCCAGAGGCAGGCCUGGAAGGAGCAGAGGUGGUCGGGGGCCUGGGGCCCGAGGCCUGGGCCUGUCUCCCAGGGCAAGGGCUCCGCUAUCUGGAACACCUGUGCCUGGUGCUGGAACAAAUGGCAAGGCUCCAGCAGCUCUACUUGCAGCUGCAGAUGCAGAGGCCCCCAGGGGUGAGUGAGCCGCAGGAUCCUGAAGCAGAGGAGAAGGAGGAGGAGGAGGAGGGGCAGCACCAGCCACCAGCCCUGGCCCCUUCACCUCCACCUUCUUGUGCCCCAGGCAGUGAGGUGCAGGAACUGCUCAGCCAGACCCAGGAGAUAGGGGCAAAACCAGCUUCACUCCUAAAGGUAGGGGUUCCCAGUGCCAACGCUCACAGGCUUUUAGAAGCUUCAGCAGAGCCAGCUCAUAUCUUCCCAUCCUCCCAGGGACACAAGGUCAAGGUCCUGCUCAACCGGAUCCGUUGGAGAAGCUCAAAACACUCUGAGUCCCCUGCCCCUCCUGAUGGCCCUGCCCCAAGGAUGGAGUCAAGGGGCGUCUCUGAAAGACCUCCAUGGCAGCCCCUCCGGAAGACCUUUAUGCCAUCAUUUGUGGUUAAGAAGCAACGAGCCAAAAACCUUUCUGUAUGCUGAGACCUCCUGGUGCAGGGACAUGACCCUGGGUGGAGGGUUAUGCAGUGAAGUCACCUUCCUCGCCCUUUGCCCUGUUAACUGUUUCUGGGCACUGCCAGGAAAAGCUGCUGAUGCUCACCCUUCUCUCUGAGGAGAGGGCUGGACCUUUCUCCUCUGGGCAGCCUGGCAGAGGAGCCCUGUCCCCCGAGAGCCCCAGGGUGCGGCAGCCCCUGGGCGCCUUGCUGGUUGCCAGGAAUCCCUGGGCCUAGACAAUGUGAACUAACUUAUUUGCCAGGAGUCCAUGGGGCGUGUUUGGCCUGGUGAUCUACUGGGGCCUAGCAUGUCGCAGAUGUGUAUUUAUGCAAAAUGAUACGUGUAUCUCUGCAAGUCUCACUGUUGUGGACUGGCUGGGGCCAACCAUGUCUUCUGAAUUAUGCAUUCAAAGGGUCCGCCUGGGUGUGGCAGAGGAUGGAACUGACAUUCAUUCCUCAGAGGGCAGUUCCUGAUUUGGAGUCUUGCUUUCCUCCUCAUAUCUUCAUGGGCAGCCCUGGGACAGAGAUGGGAGCUCUCUUGGGUUCCUCUGCAUUGAGUCUUCCCUGUGGAGCAGAGCCCCUGAAGACUGCACCUGGAAUAGAAAGGUCAGGGAAAACAUGGAGAAUAGCAGAGUGAGCUUCAAGGUCUGUUUUAGCUGCUUUGGUCCCUAAUAACCGUAACCCAUCCGAGCUGAAACCAGAGACUCAUACUAGCUUUUAGACCUUGACAAAAUCCCUUAAUUUUUCUGAGCCAUAGCUUCCUACUUAAUCUCCCAAAUGGCCUAAUGAUAACUGCCCUACCUACCUACCUCACAGUCUUUUUAUGAAGAUAAAACGAGAUGAAACUGUCUCAGAGUGCUUUGUGAAUGUUAGGUGAACAGGCAGGGGAAGGGUAUGGGUGUUGGAAGGAACCCAAGCUGGAAGGAUGAUGGGAAGGCCAGAGGAUAAGGGAGUACUGGAGUAGCUAAUGGAGACUAAACUGGCCAGUGAUUAGCAGCAAGACUGGAAGCAAGUCACUUCACUGAAGUCUCAGGUUUCCUGGGAAUUGGGGCACCAGUUCCUGACCUUACCUUCCAGCCUUGUGAGGACUAAAGGAAAUGUUUCCUUUUUUUUUUUUUUUU